UCCUCUGGGUACCUCAUAUUUUGUCUUCUCGGUUCUUAUUAGGGUCCCCUUGGUUUUGUGGAAUGAAGUGAUGGGUUUCAAUUCAAUGGAACCUUUCAGUGUUGCUCAGAUCCAAGAGGACAAGGACACUAAUGUAGACCCUCCUAGUAGUCCCCGUCAUCGGAAGGUUCUUGGAAGAUGGGAUCCAUCUAAAGCUCGGAGGCCAGACAUUCGUGUAGCUCCUACUUUCCGCCCUUCAUCAGUGGACUUUGAAGAUCCAAUUGCUUACAUUGAAAAGAUACGUUCCUACGCCGAACCGUAUGGUAUUUGUCGAAUCAUACCACCUCUGAAAUGGUCUCCUCCUUGUCGGCUUAAGGAGAGAGCUUUAUGGGAGGAUACAAAGUUCCCAACCCGUAUUCAGAUUGUGGAUCUGCUUCAGAACAGAGAGGCCAUGAAGAAGAAGGAGAAACCUAAGGGAAGAAAACGUAAACGAGGAAGAAAGCCGAGUGUGGCUUUACCCAAGAAAAUACAUGGCUCCGUUUCCUCUCCCGAGAAGACCGAAGAAGAGAAAUUUGGUUUCAGCUCUGGUUCAGAUUUCACUCUUAAGGAGUUUGAGAAAUAUGAUCGAUCUUUCAAGAAAUCAUACUUCGAAAGAAAAGACAAUGCUGCAGAUACCGAAUGGGCCCCAUCUGUUGAGGAAAUCGAAGGUGAGUACUGGAGGAUCAUUGAGAAACCAACAGAUGAAGUCGAGGUCUAUUAUGGAGCAGACCUGGAGAGACGGGUGCUUGGAAGUGGAUUUUACAAAGGAGUCGACAUGUUGACUGGAGAUACUGAAGUGGAUCAAUACAUACAUUCUGGUUGGAACUUGAAUAACUUACCUCGUCUUCCUGGCUCUUUAUUGUCGUAUGAGCCUUGUGAUAUCUCAGGUGUUGUCGUGCCAUGGCUCUAUGUUGGCAUGUGUUUCUCGACGUUUUGUUGGCAUGUCGAGGACCAUCACCUAUAUUCAGUGAACUAUAAUCACUUUGGCUCCCCAAAAGUAUGGUAUGGAGUUCCAGGAAACCAUGCAACUGCGCUGGAGGAGACGAUGAGAAAACAUCUACCGGAUCUGUUUGCUGAGCAACCUGAUCUACUUCAUGGACUUGUUACUCAGUUCUCUCCUUCCACCUUGGAUGCUGAGGGAGUUCCGGUUUACCGAGCGGUUCAGCAAGAAGGGGAGUUUAUUGUAACAUUCCCUAGGGCAUAUCACUCCGGAUUCAACAGCGGGUUCAACUGUGCUGAAGCGGUAAAUUUGGCUACGCUUGACUGGUUGCCUUACGGACAGAAUGCUAUCGAACUUUAUAGCCAAGAGACCAGGAAAACUUCUCUAUCCCAUGACAAGCUUCUCCUCGGAGCAGGUUAUGAAGCUUUUAAUUUCCUUUGUGAAAUCACACCUCUUAUGAAAGAAAGCACAAUGUAUUUAAGAUGGAAGAGGUUCUGUGAGAAGAAUGGUGAACUUACUAAGGCAAUUGAUGAGGCUCGGUUGCGUCUAGAAGAAGGAAGAAUUGAGGCUCUUGGAAAUGGUUUCAGCUUGCUAGAAAUGGACAAGGAGUUUGAUUUGGACUGUGAAAAGGAAUGCGUCUUUUGCUUAAGUGACUUGCAUCUCACGGCUUCCGGCUGCACCAACUGCUCUAUAGGAGAAUACACUUGCACGAAACACGCGAACGAUCUUUGUUCAUGUGAAAAAAGUGAUCGUUUCAUCCUUUAUCGUUACACCGAAGAUAAGUUAAGCUCAUUGGCCAGAGCAUUGGAAGAAGGUUAUGAAUCAGAUGAUGAUAUAACAUGGACUUCUAAAUCCAUCGAAGAAUCUGGUCCGGUUAUCGUUGAGGAAGAACCAGGGAUCAGACGUGAUUUUGAUCUCAAUCUUGAGUUUCAGUUCGAUGCUUCUUCUUCAGAGCGCUCUCAGAAGAAAGAAUCUAGUCCGGUUACCGUUGAGGAAGAACCACAUAGAAUUCGUGAUUUUGAUCUGAAUCUUGACUUGCAAUUGGAUGAUGAGGAGUUGAAUGCUCCGUCAGAGACCAGUGAUGAUGCAUCCAUGAUGAACCUUGCUCCCUCUGUCAAGCCUAUAAAUCUCGGUUCCUUGGUUAUCGGAGAUCUUUGGUGUAACAAGCAUGCUAUAUUCCCAAAAGGGUUUAAGAGUCGGGUUAAGUUCUAUAACGUGCAAGAUCCAAUGAGAACAAGCUAUUACAUGUCUGAGAUUGAAGAUGCAGGAUCUCAUGGUCCACUAUUCAGGGUUACUUUGGAAGGAUCUCAAGAAGAUACCUUCUGUAAUCUCUCAGCUCAGAAAUGCUGGGAAAUGGUGUUGAGGAGGGUUAACAAAGAGAGAACUGAACGCAGCAGCCAAGGACAAAAUGUUCAAACAUUGGAAAACAUCGACGGGCUACUAAUGUUCGGUUUCCGCUCUAAGUUUGUAAUUCAGGCCACUGAGGCUCUUGACCCGAACCAUCGCCUAGAGGAGUAUUGGAACCAUAAGAAUGAGAAGGAUUCGUUGGAAACGAAUGAAGGUGCGAUGGCAGAUGCCAUGGCAUCCAUCGAAGGAAGACCUUUUGAGUUCGAUUUGAACCGAACUUGAAGAAUAUUCGUCAGGAAGAAGAGAGAGUGUUUAUGAACUUAUUAUGAUUAAGAUAUUGAAUAAUGGGCUCAAGUGGGCCUUUACCUUUUAUGGACCUAAUUUAUUGUUUUAAGAUACAGCCUUGUUACCUAAUGAUACAGCCUUUUAUGGACCUAAUUUCUUGUUUUAGGAUUGAGUUGUAUUUUAACUAUCGUUUCUUCCACCUGGGAAGGUUAUC